AUUAUUAUUUCGAGUAAGCCAACGCAGAAGAAAGAAAUAUCAUUACAUAUUUUAUCUAGGUCAGCUGAUCCAGUUAAUAUUAUAUUAUUCCUUAUAAUACAAUGGAGUAAUUUUGAUUGGAUUAAUCGUUAUGUACAUAAGUUAUGUAAACGUAAUCAUACAUGAUGCAAGCCUCAUUAGCAGCAACUCCUCGAAAAUUUCCUGCUUUCGUCUUCCCUGCGGAUCUUAAAUUCUAUUUAGAGGAUCAGUCUAGUCAUAAACAAAUUUUGACUUUAUAUAAUCCAUAUGAUUUCCCAAUUAAAUUUAAAGUGCUUUGUACCGCUCCAAAUAAAUAUGUAGUUGUUGAUCCGGAAGGAACGAUAAAAGCAAAAUGUUGCGUUGACCUUGUUGUAAGACAUACGGCUCUCUUAAUUAGUAAUUGCAAUGUGACAGAUAAAUUCAGAGUGCAUAUGCAAGAACAUCCGAAUAAACAAGCAACGGGUAAACGAGAUGUUGAAGCUACACUUUUUCCUGGAGUCGCACCAAUUGUUGAAAGAGCAACUCCAGAUCCAGAAACGUUUCAACAACUUCCAAUAAAUGGAGCUAGGCAACAACAAUCAUAUUCGCUUAUAACCCAAAAUAGAACAAUUAAUAGUGGAACAAACUAUGUAGCAGUUAUUGCAGGAAUUGUUUGCAUAGCUGGACUACUCUUGCCUACAGAAGGAGAAGCUAGACCUUCAGUGCCUGAUUACCUCCAUCUUUCUAUUAAUUUUAAAUUAAUAUUUUCCUUUGUAUUAGGUAUGGUAACAAUGAUAACCUUUAGGUUGUAAUUCGUGGCUGCUUAUAUAAAGAUAAAAAAAGACUUUAUACAAGUAAUAGGAUUAUCGGGUGACAGCACAAUUAUAAUGCAUAUUUUUUGUUUGUUUUUCAUAUAUUAAAUGUCUUGUCUUUUUUAACUGUAUGGUUUAGACUACAAGUAUUAUGUAGCUAGACUAAUUUUUGAGCACUUUCGAAAAUUUCAUAUAAUUUUUUUCAUAUUUUUUUUACUUUUAUUUGAUAUUGUUUUUCUUUUCAUUAAUUAUAAAUCUUAUCGUAAUUAAUCAUUUUUUAUCAAUGAUCAUAAAUAUUAUGCAUAUUUACGUGAUGCAUCACCAAUCCUUUUUUAUGUAUCGAAAAGAAAUUUGCUUUAAACGAAAUAAUCUAGUUUUGCAGCUUAAGGAUUCUUCUACGUGCUCUAAUUUAUAAUCAUUUUAAUAAUAAUACAUUCUAAAAAAUAUGAUCUCAUAUACAUAUAUGUAAAUAUAUAUCUUCCUAUGUUAAGUAGAGAGGUUGCCAUUUUAAAAUUCUUAAUAAAAAGAAUUAUAUAAAAUGU